UACAGGCAGAGAGCACAAUGAGUCAAUGAAAGCUGAAGGGAAGAGGAGUACUGUACAGCAGAGAGGAGAGAGAGGGGGAGCAGAACCAAGAAGACGAGAGCACGAGAGAGAGAUAGAAAGAAGGAAAGCUUUUUGGACAGAGGUCUAAACCAGAUAAUAAAGAGAACGUCUGGUUUUAAAGCCAGGCUGGGAUGAAGUAUCAGUGACCGGUCAUCUGAGGACUGACUACUUCACCUCUCUCUUUCUACAAGGUGGUUUUCUGAUCUUCCCUUUUCCAUUAGGAACAUUUGGACCAUUGUCAACCCUCCACUUGGUCUCUGGUCAGGGGAUCUUGCUAGCCGCAGUAACCCAGGUCUCUGGAGCCCUGAGUGGGGUUGAGGUGGAGGAGCCUUGUCUCUGGUUGCUGGUGCUUUGGGGCUGGAGGAGAGGAUGGACAUGCCAAGGAGAUCCAUGGCUGGAGCCGGGUCAGGGGGCUGUGGAGCCAGGCUAGACCACGUUGGUGUGGCCCGGGCUGGGCUGUGGCUGCUGCUGUGGGGGUGCCUGGUGGGGGCUGGCGGGGUGGAGGCAUGCCCUUCUCUGUGUACCUGUGUGGGAGCCACGGUGGACUGCCACGGCCUGGGGGUCCGGAACAUCCCCAAGAAUAUCCCCAGGAGCACAGAGAGACUUGAUCUAAAUGGGAACAACCUGACGACCAUCAGCAAGACAGACUUCUCUGGCCUCAAACACCUCAGAGUUCUUCACCUGAUGGAGAACCAGAUAAGCAACAUUGAGAGAGGAGCAUUUGAUGAUCUGAAGGAACUGGAGAGACUUCGUCUGAACAGGAACCGUCUCACUCAGCUCCCUGAACUGCUGUUCCAGAAGAAUGAGGCUCUGGCUCGACUGUGA